AUGCACAUGUGGCCUACAUGGUUCAUGCGUGGCGACCUUUUCUGUUUCGUGUGGCGCAAUCUGUCUUUAAAGAGCCAUCGCACCGAGUACUCCUACUCCAUUCACCUAUCCCAGCUCUCUUUUUCAUCACGCCCUCGAAUCUGUAUUUCCGUUUUCAACCUCAUGCAUCGAGCUCUGCGCAUUCCCGAAAUUAUGCAAGAGAUCAGCUGGCACACUGAUCGUAGCUCACUUCCUGGUCUUGCGUUGACAUGUCGCACAUUUAAAGGUCCAGCACUUGAUGCCUUAUGGAGGAAUUUUCCAUUCCUAGAGCCUUUCGUCAGCUGUCUACCAACGCAUAUCUGGGGCUUCAAAUUGGUCAAGCCCAUCGAUACCAUAGCCUGGGACACUUUUCGUAAAUACGCGUCGCGCGUGCGCUCGAUCACACAAUCUAAGGAUCCAUCGUUCAUUCUUGAACAUCUUCGUAUGCUAAUGCUAGCCUACCCUUAUCCACCCUCGACCAUGUUUCUAAAUCUUCGAAGUUUGACUUGGAAUGCCAAUCAAAUCCACCUCGCCAUCGAGUUCUUACGUAUGGCAUUGGUGCCUUCCCUGGUUUCCUUGGAUCUACGCAUUACCUCAAUUUCGCCGGUCUUGAAGUCCAUCCUGUCCAAUAUCGGGACCACAUGUCCUAAUCUCACCUACUUUUACUUUCGACCUCAAAUGGAUGACCCGAAGUUGAACCGUGACUUUGCGCCCGUCCUGACACAUGUGAUAUGCCAGCUCAAAAAGCUUUCCGCCUUGACUAUCUGCCACCUUGAAGAUCCAGGGAUGAAGCACGUUACGCAGCUAAAGUCUCUGAAGACAUUUUGGCUUUACGUAGCGCCGACUUUUCUCCGCCGCACGGGGUUGUCACCACAAUCACUUGGUUUUGAACAUCUAGAUUACUUGAGCCUUCGAGCUCCCAGACUCCACCAUAUAACAGACUUCUUAUGUUAUCUCCGGACCGUUCAAACAAAGCAUUUUACCGCCGCCUUAAGCACCGUGUUCGGACAGCAAUCCGAUUCUAUGUCCGGGUUCUGCGGUAUGCUCCUAGAAAGAUGCGACAAAGACGCUCUCGAGACCAUAAAACUCUGCGAACAGUUAUACAACACCUUUGACAUUAUAUUCGCGCAACCAAGUGACUUCAGCCCACUGCGACUUUUUCACAAUUUAACCCAUUUCGAUAUCGAGACAGCAUGCACCCUCUCGAUCUCCGAUGACGAACUAAGCGAGCUGGUAAACCCACGGCCCAAGCUCAAAAUUUUCAGACUCAGUUGUUAUCACCACCCCGAGAGUACUGCGCUGCCUACCUUCCAUGGACUCAUCAACGUGCUUCGGCUUUGCCCUGAAUUGCCUGAUGGCAUAGACGUCGCAUCCCCCGGCAAUGGUAUUCGUAAUGAUGGUCUGCAAGAGCUUGUCCUCGGUAAUUCACUGAUCAGCUCUCCAUUGGUCGUGGCUCUUGUCCUCAGCGACCUCUUCCCUAAUUUGGCGGAGGUGAAUCUUGCCCCUUGGUUUGGUGGCCCACUGCAUUCAUUAUUCUGCCAACCACGGGAGAUGGAGCAAUAGAAGUCGGUCAAUGCUUACUUGACGGCUUUCGCACUAUAAGGAUACGAUGUUUGGGGCAAUGAUGGCCUUCUCCAUGUUCUAAUCAUCUAUGGCAGUUUUAUGCCAGCGUCUACUUCGUA